CAAUUAUAAACAUAGCCCAUCCAUAUGGACACCAAUACAUGUGUGCGGCGCUCCCCACAUGUAGUCAUCACACAACAACACACAGAGAGAUAAAUUAGUCAAGUAUUUUUAGUUGAAGCACACAGCAGUUCUUGGCAGAAAGAGAGGACGACAAACAUGGCUGAAUUAACUGGUCUAACCAAUUCCGAGGCUGAUGAAUUAUGUAAACCAGCAGAUCCCUCUACUAAGGAUUUCCUUUUCCAACAAACCAUGUAUCGCAUUAAGGAUCCACGCAAAUCCCUGCCAUUUUACAGCGGCGUCUUGGGUAUGACUCUAUUGCAAAAAUUGGAUUUCCCAGCUGCCCAAUUUUCACUGUAUUUCAUGGGCUAUGAAAAUCCCGCCGAAGUUCCCAAGGAUACCAAGGAACGUACCAAAUGGGCCAUGAGCCGCAAGGCUACUGUGGAAUUAACACACAACUGGGGAACUGAAAAUGAUCCCGAUCAAAGCUAUCACAACGGUAACUCUGAUCCACGUGGUUUUGGGCACAUUGGCAUUAUGGUACCCGAUGUAUAUGCCGCCUGUAAGAGAUUCGAAGAAUUGGGUGUAGAAUUCGUCAAGAAACCUGAUGAUGGUCGAAUGAAGGGUUUGGCUUUCAUUAAGGAUCCCGAUGGUUAUUGGAUUGAAAUCUUCAAUGCCAAUACUGUGUGCAAUUAAAUUGCAUUGUACGGUAGAAAAUGCAACCGGAAAUAAAAUAUGUCGUUAACCUUGUACAUACAACUGCA